AUGCAAUCAGUGUUUCAAGUGGGCAGCCACGAUCAACCCAAGCCAAAGAGGAAUCGUGUUUCACUCAACUGUAUUUCGUGCAAACGGCGUAAAAUCAAGUGCGACAGAAAUAAGCCUUGUGGGUCGUGCGUCAAGUAUGGAUCUGCGUGUGAGUACCUGGAGCCUGUGUGGAGUAAAGCUGAUCAGGACAAAAAAUUCAGUGUGCAGCGUUUAGAUGCCAGGAGUACGCUGUACGGUGAAGAUGGUGGCAUCAAGAAACGCAAGACAAGCGGAGAAGAAGAGAUGAAACUAAAAAGUAGUGGUAGUGGCCAUGCUAUGGGCCUUGAGACUGGUGCUAGCCCUGCAGUAAUGUCUCAAACAGAAAGUAAGGAUGGCGAUGGUGUUUUCGCGCAGUUGGAGUUUCUCAAGUCUAAAUUACAUGAAUUGGAAUCUAAGGUGCAUAAUAGAAGUGGGUCUCCUGUGGCGUCCCACACUUCACCACCAGCCAUUGAAAAGAAACCGCUCGAUUGGGAAACAAUUUCCUCGUCAGCUAAUAAUGAGUCGUCGUCGAAUCCGACAUUUAUCGGAAUCAAUCCGUUUAAUGAUACGAACCCAGGCGAAACAAUCAAUUUCUACGAAGGAUAUGCACCUGUGCAUGUUCAAGAUCUAGCUAGACGAUACAACCAUGGCCCAUUUGCUUGGUUGACUUUAUUGAAGAAAGACCCUGCUCAAAGCCAAAUCUGGAAAUACUUGCACUCUGUUCGUCAAGAAAACCGGAAACGGAUUCGACAGACUCCUCGUGCGGCUCAAUUGCCACCCUUGAUACAUCACUUCAGAGAUGGAGUACCGGAAACCGGGACAAAGGCUGAAAACGGUUGUUGCGGUGAAAAUGGUGAAACAAAAGUUUCAGAGACUGAUAAAAAUGAUGAUGACCCCGGUACCAAAAAGAAGGAGAGUGGUCAAGAAUGGGAGUUUCAAGAACGGGCAAUUGAUCGUGAUGGAUUUAACGAUUUGAGACUUUAUGGCAAUGUACGAACGAAAUUCAAACAGCUGGGUAUUAGAGACGGCACUUCUGCUAUUGCCACUACUUCAAAGCCAACAGGUUCACUGGAACAAAAAUCGGAUGUCAAGAGGGAUACUGGUAUUAGUCCCGAACCAGAAAAGAAAUCUAGAGGUGCCAUGUCUUUUGGCAAAGGUAAAAUCGAGGAGGAGUUGAAUCUAAUUGAAAAUUUGCGAGACUAUUUACCAAAACAAAAGGUUAUUUGGAAAUCAAUUGAGUUAUUCUUCACCCAUUUGUACCCGUUUUUCCCCUUGCUUGAUGAGCAAGAUUUUGUUCGUGAAAUGGAACGGAUCUUGGGCCCUAAAGAUUUCAAUGAUUCCAAAAUCACCGAUUUGAAAAUUGAAAAACGACUUGAUCUCGCUUAUUUGGGGGCUCUAUUCAUUAUAAUUCGAUUUGCUUAUGUUUCGCUAGUUACGAACAGGACAACCCUCAUGGAUAAGAAAAUGGCUAAUGGAACUGAUAACAGGCAAGAGAUGGAUGUACAGUACUUGUUAUUAAACCCAGCUGAAAUGAAGCUUAUCGAAAUGGCAGAGUUGUGUCUCGAUCAGUUCAAUUUGAAUCGCAGAUGUGCGCUUAUUGUUUUGCAGUGUACUUUUCUACUUCGUUUGUAUUACAUGUUUGGUCCUGAACACGGAGACGGUUCUGAUGGUGGAGAUUCGCAAGUUAUUAAUGGAUUAAUGGUGCAAAUGGCUCUUGCUAUUGGGUUGCAUCGGGAUGGUUCAGUGGUUACAAAUAUUUAUGAUAUCAUAUCUGAUGAAGAGUCUAUUGUUGAGGAAGAUAGUGCAAAACAACAAAACAUUCAUCGUAAAAUCUGGUUCUUUUUGGUUAUUUGUGACUUGAUUCAAGGUUAUCAGUAUGGUAAUCCAUUAUGCAUCAGAGACGAGAUGUAUGAUACUCGUUUGCCUUACUAUGUACCGGGAAAUGAAAAUAUAGGUGAUGUUGAAAGGGAGAAGCAUGUUGUGAGUACAUUUGCGUAUCUUGAAAAGUAUCGUACCAAAUUGGUUAAUAUUUUGAACAUGUGUUUGAAUUUGCACAAGCCGGCUAAUUUGCAGAUGCUAACUAACAGCAUUUCUGACUUUGAGGUGUUUCUUAAUGACAAUUUUGGUAUUAUGAAAUUGUUUCUCAUACCUUUUGACAAGGACAAUUAUGCUUACCCAUUUUUGAAAAUCAUGAAGUGCAAAAACUACAUCAAUAUGAAGUUUUUUCUUAAUGGAUUGUUGUUUCAUUUGUAUAUCCAUUAUGAAGCACAAGCUAAGAAACAAAACCAAUCCUCUGAGUCCCAUGUGAAGCUGCAGUCGUUGGCAUUCUUUUACUUGAGGAAAAUUAUGGUCUCAUUGUAUGGUGAAUUUUUACCUAAUGUUCCCCAAUUGCUUUGGGAAAAUGCCAAGAAUUUCGGUACUGGUGUCGGUAGUGAUUUGAUUAUAAAUCCAUUUAUUGAAGGCAUGUUGCACAAGAUUUCACAAUUUAGUUUUGCAAUGUUGACACGAUUGAAUUCUACAAUUUAUUUGAUGAGAUCAGACACACAAGCACAUGACGCCAAUAUGAAGUCUGGCAUGUCUUACCGAUUAAAAUAUGGGAAAUUGGUGCAAUUGAGCCAGCUUUUGGAAAGGGUUUGUGAGAUUGUGAUUAUGUCGAUGUCACGAUUGAGUCAACGGUAUUACUAUGCGUGGAGAAUAACCAAGGCCCAUACUUACAUCAUGACGCAUUGCAUAAGGAACCAAGAUUUUUUCAAGCUCUUCCAUGAGAAGAAGCAGUUGGCACCUUUUUUGGAAUGUAGUGAUGCGCAAUUGAAUGAGCUUAUUGCAAUUUGCCAAAAAGGUAUGAAGCCGUAUGCUAGAUGCAAAAAGAAGUUUGGCGAAUCUUUUUCAGAGCAUUUUAGUAGGGAUCAAAAUCAAGGUCCUUUGGCUACAGAGUAUGAGAUGGUAAGGCCAGCAAAUGCAAAUGCAAAUGUGGAACAGAGAAGAGACAAUGUGACUGAAGGCGAUAUAAAUGCUGAUUGUGGUGAUGAAUAUGUCGAUGCACAUUCACAUCAAAACCUGGUUAGUUCGAAUGGAGCUAGUACAACAACGGAACAUUCCAACAUUAUGAAUAAUCCAAUGUCAUCGGAGUCAUGGUCGAGUCUCGAUGAUUUCAAUACUGUCUCGAAUACUGAUAUUGAUAAUUUAUGGAUCUCGUUAAAGAUGAAGACGAGUCCAGUGGCGGGUGAUGGCAAUGUUGAUCAAUUUCAAGGUGAGUUUGCCAAUGCGGCAAAUGUUAGUGCAAGCUCCAAUACCAAUGGAAGCGCUGCUCGACCAGCGACGCUGGGCACUCCGUUUACACCUUCCGUCUUGACGCCCUUUUGGCAGUCCUUAGCGCAACCAUAUAGCCAGCAACUGCAACUGCACCAGCAACAGCAACAGCAACAGCAACAGAAUUAUCAGCAGACGUCCGGGUACAAUGGGGGUGUGGCUAAUAAUCAAGACAAUGGGGCUGCUCCUGGAGGUGCAGAGUUAAAGACAUUGAAUGAUUUUGAUUUGUUCAAUAGCUUACCCUUGGAGGAGAUGUUGGGUAUAGCUAGUAUGAAUUUGCCAUGA